GUUGCUGAUCCAGCCUUUUCGCGAGCGAUAAUAAAGGCUAUAAUAAUUGAAAACCGCGUGUAGAGAAAAUGGCAAAAUCUAUGAGAAGCAAAAUUAAACGAAAGCAUAGAGCUGUAAAACGUGAACGAUGGAAUGAUAAGGUUCAUAAAAAGAGACUUUUGGAAGCUGUAAAAAGAGGAGAGGAGAAUCUAAUCAAGCAACAGUCUACUAAGGUUGUAGAAAUGAAAGACGUUGAGGAGUCCAGCGAUGAAGAAGUCAUGCAAAUAGAUACAUCGGGUAAAGAAAAGAAACCAAAUAUGGAUGAAAAUGGACAAUAUCCUGUAUGGAUGAACCAAAGGAAGAUUAAACGUUUAAGAAAAAAUAGGAAUAGGGUAGAGAGAAAGAUGAAAAAGAAACAAUUGAAGGGAAAAAAGAAAAAGUAAAUUUAAUAUGAAGAAAUCAUUACGAAAUCUUGUUUGUUUUUCUGUGUUAUAUGCCUUUAUAUCGAUACAAUAUGAUAAAUUUAUAAUUUUGUACUCAUUCUAUUAGUAAAAACAUCUGAUCUGUUUCCAUUGUAAAAAUGAAAACUCGAUCUCUUGAACUAAUCAUCUGACAACAUAAAAAUUAUCAGUAGGACAUACAAUACUGCCAGAAUUUAAUUCUGGGAUGGGCAAAAUAAAAAAUAUUCUAAUCGUCCACCUCGAGUUCUUCUCUCUUUUUCUUCUCUAUUUCGAAUAUAAUCGCAGGGUUUAUAGGUUUAUAUCGAAGAUUACAGGACGACGCGUUGAUAAAAAUAGUAUUCUCAUCUGUUGUAAUACCAUAGUCUUCGUGAAUAUGACCAAAUAUAUGAAAGCGGGGUCUUAUACAUUCUAUGACCGAUAGUAGAUCAACACAGCCAACAUGAAAAUUAUAUUGAAUUUUAUCACCGUGCCCCAUUGGAGGUCCAUGAGUAAUUAGGAUAUCAGUAUCAACAGGUAUCUUUUUCCAUUUAUUUAAAAGAGGUUCACCUCUAUCCAGAUUAUAGGCCCAAGAGCAAAAUUCUGGCUGCCAGGGUGAUCCAUAAAUUUUGACUCCAUUGAUAACAACUUCCUCAUCAAUUAGACAAGUUCCAUUAGUAAUAAGUUCUCGAGGAUGGCUAAUAUUUAAUCUUUUUAAAUCGCUAUUGGUUUUGUUUUCUCCUAGGCGAUCAAUCGGUGGGUCGAAGGACAAUUCAUGAUUUCCAGGUAUAACAAUCUUAUGUUUAUGAGGUAAUUUGCCUAAAAAUUCAUUAAAAUCCUGCACUUCCUGAAUUCCUCCUUGUCUUGUAAAAUCUCCAGCAUGAAUAAGAACAUCUCCAUCCGGUAUUUUCAUUUUGUGAUGUUGACUAUGAGUAUCAGAAAUACAAACUACACGUAAUUUAUUGUACCUUCGAAUAUGCUUGAUGUCAAAAACUUCCUUUUUAUCAAGCUUUAUACAUUUCUUGGUUUUUUGAAAUUCCCUCCAAGCCGUCUUAAUAUCAUUAGAUAAGGGAUGUGGCGUUAAGGAAUCUAGCUCAGUUUGUUUAUCCAUAAUGGUAGUUCGUUCGUCUUUUGACGAUCUGUUCGUAAGAUAAUUCAACGAUUAUGUAUAUAAGUCAACUGGACAAUAUUUCACAAUAUUUCAAAAGCGGAAUAUUACUCACGCA